GGCCAAUUCAUCGGCGGACACAUUCCCCCUCCACAUACCUACCUACUUAGAAUUACUCAUCUGUGUUCACCUUCCUCCACCUCCAUCAUGAGUUCUGGAUCUCCUCCUCAAGGCUCGAAGCCUAAAUCCGCUGUUCCGCCUCGUCUGUUGAACGGGAGUUCUUCGCUCAAUUCCACCAUGAACUCUCGUGGUGCUCGCGAAAGGGAGAGUCUCAACUCAUCUAUUCGCUCCUCAUUUGCCCCCCGUGUCCCGGCAGAGUUCAAUUUGCCAGAAACCGUCGCACACGCUGUCGACGAGUCUACCCCCGUCACUAACGAAUCGAAUACGGUCUCAGGCGCGGUGAAACCAUCAUUGAAUGACCCGCCCCGUGAUCCAAGAGAUGACACCCGGGCUUUGACCCCACCGUCGACAGCUAGCCGCCCAGCAAGUCCAUACACUCUAUAUCCUCCAAUCGAUUUUGAUGGACUGAGCUGGCCCUGCCCCGGCACAAGGGCGCGGUUGGAGUCUUCGCCCGAGGAAACUGAAGAACGAGUUCAAAAAUUAGCAGGAGCAGUGAGAACCAUUCUGGAGUGUAUUGGAGAGGAUCCAGAGAGAGAAGGUUUGCGGGAGACCCCAGAGAGAUAUGCCAAAGCCAUGCUCUACUUCACCAAAGGCUACGAGGAGAAUGUCAGGGAUCUGGUCAAUGGCGCAGUUUUCCAUGAGGACCACGAUGAGUUAGUUAUUGUCAAGGAUAUCGAGGUCUUCUCUCUAUGUGAACACCACAUGGUUCCUUUUAUGGGAAAGAUGCAUAUCGGCUAUAUCCCUGAUCGCCGUGUUCUUGGGCUUUCCAAAUUGGCGCGCCUGGCGGAAAUGUUCUCUCGGAGACUGCAGGUGCAGGAGCGCCUUACAAAACAAGUCGCGCUCGCCAUAUCGGAGGUCUUGAAGCCAUUAGGUGUUGGUGUCGUCAUGGAGUCCUCGCACCUUUGUAUGGUUAUGCGCGGUGUGCAAAAAACAAGCAGCACCACCACGACGAGCUGCAUGUUGGGAUGUAUGCGAUCUAGCGCAAAGACCAGGGAGGAAUUUUUGACUCUUUUGCACCGGAGAUAACGUCUUCUACGUGGUUUGUAACACAUACUUUUUACCCCCUUUUUAACAGUGGAUGGUAUUCAUGAUUUGGAACGGAGUUCGGGGCGGUUUACCUCUCAACAGGUUAUUUGGGUCUGGUUGUUUUGAAUUUUUUUUUAUCGUGCUACACGGUUGGCAGAUCUUUUAUUCUCUUCUUCUUAUACUUAUUUUCAUCCUAUAAGCACUACUUGUGUAUACAUCUUGGAAUCCUUUAUUUCGCUGCAGCAGAUCAUGCACAACUUUUGUCAUAUUACUCGGGCCG